CGUACGGGGAGAGAGAGAGAGUGUGGAAAAAGAGGGGUGUGCGUGAGCUGUGCGGUGGUGUGUUGUAAGUAGAAAGUGGGCUCCACCACCCAUGUGCCCCUCCUUCUGUCUCCACCAGCUCCUGCCGCUCAAUGAUUAGAGAGCUCUGUUUCCCUCCUUCCUCCCUCCUCUCUCUCUCUCUCUCUCUCUCUCUCUCUCUCUCCUCUAAUCCAUCCACCCCUCCCUAUCGCACACCAAAGCUCAUCCCCUGAUACUACUCUCUUACAACUUGGGAGAAAGCGGAACGGAGACUUACUCCAUCAUCACACUACAAUAAUCACUUGAUUCAGAUUCUCCGUCCAAUAAUCUAUCUCUAUCUUUAUCUCUAGAUAUAUACUUGCUUGAGUGAACACAUAUGUCAACAUCAGAUGGAGGAGCAGCCGCAGCAGCAGCAACUAACGGCGUCACUAACGGCGCAAUAAUUGAGAACCAGCAGCAGCAACGGAACAACAACAACAACGGAGCCCUAACAGUGAAGAAGCCCCCGGCGAAGGACCGCCACAGCAAGGUCGACGGACGGGGCCGGCGCAUCCGCAUGCCGAUCAUCUGCGCCGCCCGCGUCUUCCAGCUGACCCGCGAGCUGGGCCACAAGUCCGACGGCCAGACCAUCGAGUGGCUCCUCCGCCAGGCCGAGCCCUCCAUCAUCGCCGCCACCGGCACCGGCACCACUCCCGCCUCCUUCUCCACCGUCUCCGUCUCUCUCCGCAACAACUCCUCCUCCUCCAUCUCCGCCUCCCUCGACCACAAACCCUCCUCACAAAUGCCCUUCCUUCUCGGCAAACGACUCCGCUCCGACGACCACGACCACGACGCCGUCAAUAAAGACACCGUCGACACUGUCUCCGCCGCCGCGGCAGCUGGCGGUGGAUUCUGGGCUAUACCCGCGCGACCCGACUUCGGCCAGGUCUGGAGCUUCGCGGCGGCGGCCCCGCCGGAUAUGGUGGUCCCGACCCCGUCCAUGGCGGCGCAGCAGGCUUCGUUUUCCGGGAGAUUCUUUCAGCAGCAACCCAUGGGGGAGGCGUCGGCGGCUAGGGUUGGGAAUUACCUCCCGAUAGCUCAGGGACACCUCAAUUUGCUCGCUUCCUUGUCCGGUGCGCCGCCGCAGUCGUCCGGCCGGAGAGAAGACGAUUCGCGCUGAGAAUUUGAUGGAAUUGGAGUGUGUAUUUCGAUUUGUUGUCGGUAUAUAUAAUUAUAUUUAUAUGUAUGUUGGUUUUAUGUUGUGUGUGAAGAUGAGAAAUGGGUAGUAAUCUAGGGUUAGGGUUUUAGGUUUCAGUGAGUGCUUUGGGGUUUCAUGACCUCUAUAGUAGAUUAGGGUUUUACCACUUUGUUUCAUUGCAUAUUCCCUCAAUGGGGGUUUUAGGUUUCAUUUGUUAAGGGUGUGGGUCUUGAUGGAGAAGGAGGAGAAAAUGCUGUCGGAGUAUUUGUGAUUGGGAAGUUGGGGGAAGUUCCUGUUCGCUUUCGGUUCUAAGCGAUUAAGGUGGUGGGUUGUUUGCGAAACUAGAUUUUAAUGGACAUUUGCUCGUGCUUACAGUGGCAGAAACCGCGGUGGUUUCCUUUCGAUUGAGAUUGUGGCAAGUUGGAUAUGAUGCUUGUGAAUUGGGUUUGAAGAGGAAUUGUUCAGAGUAUCCAACUUAAUCUUCUCUGCUAUUCGGUGUGCAAGCUUUGUAAUUGGUUUGCUUAGGUGUUCUUUUGGGGUGGUGAUAAUGCAAAGCUCUACACAAAAGUUCAUCUAGCGAGAUUCAAGUUUUCUCUGGUUAAUGGGCUUCUUUGCUGCUAGUAUUGGGUAACUGGCAGAGAAGAUUAUGGGUGAUUUUGGUGGUUUUUGAAUGUGUUCAUUUUCCGCCCAGGGUUUGCUACUGUGGCUGGUUGUUUAUUGAUCUCUCCUCUGCUUUCGCUGUCCAAGGUUGUCAAAUGCUCUCGAAAGGUUGCUGUGUGAAAGCAAAAUGCUCAGGUUAUUCUCCGUAAGAACUCUGUCUUGAACUUCUAUUUGGUAUUCAUCCUAGGCAUUUCAUUAAGUUGUGAGCGUGGAAAUAAUGUGUUCUCUUGUAUUUAAGUGGAUUGUUUUUGGGUGACUAUGGUGUGAAUAAGAAGCCCAUCUGUUUUGUCUCAAUAUUGA